CGAGUGAAUGGACCAACCCCGCCCCUUCUCCAGGCACACUGAGACCGAUCCAUUCACACCUUCAAGGGGGAAACCCGGGACGCGGGUUGCACCAUCUGCCCCCUUCACGGAGGGGAGGGAACGCUUGGGCUACACCAUUCAUGCAUCCCAUCUAGGGAGACAGAAUUCCACAGCCCCGAAUCCUCAGCAUCUCCCGCCAUUUCCCUCCCGCGUUCCCCGGAUGUAACUCGUUCCCCGCGGCGGUUAAACGGGCCCUGGCGGAGGCGAUUCCCUUCAGCAAGGGAGGAGAGGGUGGAAAUCAAGUAUCGGGGCAACCCGAAUCGCCCAGAGUUCCCAGAGACUUUAUCGUGCUUUCUCCUUCUCCUGGUGAGAAAAGUGCACAAGUCCGUCUCCUUCGCUUUGCACUCACCAUCACUUCCAGCUUAGUGACCGCCGCCUCCAUGUUGAAUAGUUGACAUUCCUCAGGCGGCGGCGGCGGCAGUGGUUAAGCCCUCGAACUCAAACGAUGCUAGCACGGAGCAUUCCCAUUGGACAGCUGUCACUCAGCGCGGUGCAUCCAUUGGCUUUCCCGCUUCAUCACUGCCCGCCCAUUGGAGCCUGGGUCCCUCCCUUCAGAAUGAAACAGGCCCUUCUGUUGGGCGAAGACACAAAAUACGGCGUCAGGAUUGGUUCGGUUCCGUAUUCUUUCUAUUGGUUGCUCCUUCUUUCUACUUUCAAUUUCAUUGCAGAGUUUCUGCAGAAUCAAGUUUCUGAGUGGUAGAGUCGGAAGAAGCGCCAGCCAGUCAAGGAAGAGCUUCCAUAAACCUCUUUGUGAAGGUGGGGACACCGCCGUACAACCUUAUUCGUACAAAAAGCGCCACUACUUCGAUUGGUCAGGGAGUCGGGAUGCCUCAUCCAAUCACGAAAUGCCUUCUCUUCUUUUCCCCACCCGGAGGGUUAAUUGAGUAUAGAUGACGGUUCUGAUUGGCCGGUCCAUGCCAAGGGUUUAAUUUUGAAUUCUCUUAGAUGCUGCAGCCAGAGGACAUUGCCCAGACUCUGUUUACCUCCCGGGGCUCUUUUACUAAAAAAAUGACCAAGCACAAGUACCGGAGAAGAAGAAAGAUGAGAGUCAGAGCCAAAAUGUUAUUGAAAAAAAGAAAAGUUAGUCCUUCUGAUCCUAUUCCAUGUCUUCUUCCUCCUUCCCCUCCCUCUCCUUCUUCACCUCCAACUCUACCUCCAUCUGAAAGGGUGAUAGAUGCCUCUCCCACAAAAACAAGUUGUGGCCAAAGUUGGCCAACAUUAGCUUGGAACAUCAUGUUUUCCAAUGCAAAGAAUGCAAUGAAAUUCCUAGCAAAGAGGGUUUGGUCUUUCUAUUGGUGUUGCCAGAGCAGUAUUACACAGAAUUUAGAGAUGUUGAAAGACCACCUAUUUCCAUCCCGUGUCUACUUCCGGGAACUCAGUCUGAUUAGACAGCAGGUUGACAAGCUGGAAAGUGAAUUCUGCAAGCUCCAGGAAGCACUAAAGAUUUCUCAGAACCCUGCCUCAGAGUGUUCCUCUUGCCAGGAUUGCCAUAAAACAUGUUACUUAAGGCCUCAACUUCCAGAGGAUCUUGCUCAAGCUCAAACCGUUAUUAGAGAAUCAGCAUCCACACUCCCAUCUGGGGCACUGCAGCCUCAGAUUCUCCUUCCUCCUCCUCCUCCUCCUCCUCCUCCUCCUCCUCCUCCUCCACCACCACCACCUCCACCACUUCCACUGCCACAGCCUCUUCCACUCGCCUCAGUACCUUUGUUACUCAAAAAGGUGAAUCGUACCAAAACACUUCAGGCUGCACCAUUAAAACAAGAGGGGCCCAUGCAUAUAACUGUUAAAGAUCUGCUCACUGUGAAGUUAAAGAAGACACAGAGUUCUUCUCUUAGGAAUAAGAUUUUGUCACCACUGAAGGAACGAAAACCUCUGGUUACAGUGUCUGAUCUUCAGAGUAUCUCCCUGAAACGUCAGUCCAAAUUUCCACCAACCCAUAUCACAAAUGUGAUAAUCACUCCCAGCAAAGGCCAAGUGGAUCUGAGAAGACUUCUUAGGAAAGUCAACAUAGAUAGGAGCCCAGGAGGAACUCCUCUCAUCAAUAAAGAAAAUAUGGAAACUGGAACAGGGUUGACCCCAAUAAUGACCAAGGCCUUGCGGCAAAAGUUUCAGCUGGCUCAUCCAAAGAGCCCAUCCCAAGCUCCAAUAACUUCUGCAAACAGCUUUGAUGAGCAAAAUUGAUGUUAAUGAAGGAUUACAUUUGAAGAUGAAAUGUUAAAUGAAUGUACUCAAAUGUCAUUUUUUAGGAUUCCAGAAACUCAUAAUUCAUCCAUCAUGUGUCUACACAGCAAAAAAAUAUAGAUCUAAAUAUUGUCCAUCUAUUUCAAUGAGUAAACAUGUUCAAAUAGGAUAUCAGAUUUUUUUCUUCCUAUGGUUAUCUAGACAAUCAAGCUUAACUAAAUAUGUAUCAUAUCCUUUCUCUAAUUUGUCAUGAAAGGAUAUUUUGAGUGUCUGACUUAAGACUCCAUUCAUUUUAAGAAGUCAUUUAUAAUUGCUACAUUUGCCACCUAAUGAGGUUGCAGUCUUACCUAUCUUUAUCUUAAGAACUAAGAGAGAGGUGCCUGAUGGCCUUAAAAGGUAAAACACACCUCUUUUCCUGUUUUGUGAAUCUAUUUCUGGCUCACCAUCAUGUCCUAGCAGUCCCUUAUUUUACAUAUUCCAUAUUCAAGAAGCCAAUGGAAGUUUCAUGGACAGCCCCAGUAAGUACUAUGCUUCUACUAUGCCUUCUCCCAAAGGAUAUAGCUAGCUCUGGACAAAAGGCUCUCUCUCCUGUACUUCUAGCCAUAGAACAGAGGGAACUGAUAUUAAACACAAACCCAGAUCUGGGAUUGUUCAAGAAACUCGUCUGCUACUCUUAAGAAUGAGGACAGCAGUUUCAUCAAUGAAGACAGCAGGGGUUAAGAAGUGUAGGAUUACUAAACCUCAGUAAUCUUGCCAUCUUUCCAGGAAAAGCUGUAAUAUGAGACAAAUAUAAGAUACUGCAAAGUUCCUAAGCCAAAAGCCUAGUUUAGGGAGUUUCCUAAAACAUCUAGUAAUGUUCAAGCCUUGGGCUAAAGUACAAUGGCCCUAGAAAAAUCCCCAUCCCAGUUCCAAGGCUGAGAAUUCAAUCUAGGGCCUUUCUAUAAUCAUAUUUUUGAGACACACAAGCAGAUAUCUUAAUACUCAAAGAUAUCAUAUCUAAAUAGAGAUGUGAGAGUAAGACACACAUGCCAAAAAUGAAAUAUGUCAUAAAAAAGCAAAAUCUACUUGUAAAAGUCAAGAACUAUGUAAAUGUUCAUGGAGGAAAUAGUUCAUUUCUUAUUGCAAAAUAAUGUUUUACAAAGCAUAUGUGAAGUUUAUGAUAGCUCUGCUAUGUACUGUAUUCAUUUUACAAAUGACUUGAUAAUUCACAAAGAAUUAAUACUGUUGUACCUCUUCAGUUACCAAAAAACUGAAAAAGUUCAAUAAGAGGUAUUUGGAUGGAAGGUUCUAUAGGCAUCUGAUAUCUACAUGGGUGUAUGCUAAUAUAUAUUUGUAAAGCUGCUAACUGCCAUCAUACCACCAGUAUUAAGAAAUAUUACAUGUUCCCCAGGUUUACCUUUUAGUUUUUACUAAGCUUUUAUCACAGCCUGUUUUGAAUUGUUCAUAAUUCUGUAAACCAAGGGCUUCUUAAAACCACUAUGUACUAUAUGCUUUUUUAUUAAUAAUGAACGAUAACAAAAUCAGGGCAAUAAUUCUGAGGCCUUUUAGCUAUGUUUUAACAAUAAAAAUUUUAUAGUAAAUGAUGGACCUCUUGCUUUCUCCAGAUUUGACUAAUAGUAUAAUUAUGAGGAGUUAGGACGCACUCAGAGCUUUAAAAAAAAAACCCAAAGAUUAUAAAGGUAUUUGAUAUUUUAAAAACUAAAACUAUAUAUUAUUAGAAAGUUUUCUACAGUGCUUUGUUAAUAAUUGAUGUAAGACUGACAAUUAUUGGUGAAAAUUGAUUGCUUUUAAUUUUUUAGGAUCACAUUCAGCUCCUGAACCUUACUUGGUUACAUGAAGGUAAUUGGAAGUGUAACUACUAAAAAUAAGUCAGUUAUAUUUACUACUUUAUAUUGGAAACUAGUAAAAUACUUAAGUUGGCCUUUGUAUAAUAUGUUGGCAUUUGAAGACUUAGUUGGGUCUAAGUGAAUUCAUUGUCUUUCAUAUGAAGCAUGUUGAGCAGUAUUGCAACAACUUAAAUAUGUAUUUUUUUAAAAUAUAUUUUUGAUAAAUACU